AUGGAGACCGAAGAUCGAGACGGGCAUGCAAUCGAAGUCGUAUCCUUGCUUCGCGAUGAGGUCUCUAUGUGGAGACGUGGACAGCCCGGCCGGCCUCGUCUGCGCAUUAGCGAACCGGCCACGACCUACGGGCUACGAGUGUUCGCUCUGCUGCACCGCAUUCAAACAGCCAUCGUGGGCUUCGUAAACCGGGACGGGCAACUUCUCCACAUGGCACAUAUCUACAACUCACUUGAGGUAUCUCACAAAGAUCUUCCCCCCUGGCAAGAUAUGAAAGAUGUGAUCAGGCUGCAGGAGAAACCCAUCUUCGCGGGCGACCCCGCCCGAAAGAUUAACACUUGCAAGACGCGGCUUUCUCUUGCGCAAGGGCUGAAAAUGUCCGAAAGCAGCAAGGUGCCACCCAAGAACUCCCUCAAAGACCCGGAGACUCGUCGAGAGACAGCCUUGUUUGUCUUUCAGAGAAAGUUCGGUCGUAUAAUCGAUGAAAAAGAUUUUGCGGAAGCACGCUGCACCUGGGUGCGAGACCGCAACAGCCCAGGAUUCAGGCGUGAGUUGGUGCCUACGCCAGUCCUUGAUGAACAAGAUUUCCAGAUGUCGAUCGGGAACGGGUGGAGGCUGACGCUGGGAGACAAGACCGUCAGAGGUGCUGUUCGCGACCGACUUCGGUCGUCCAAAGCAGUCUCAGGUCAUCCUUGUUUAAACCUGGACGAGCUUGAAACGGUCAUCAGACGGGAGGUUCCAGUGUUGGUUUUCGACUUUGAGAGCGUGCGCCGGAGCGGGAAGUCCAUCUUUCCAGAUUGGAAUAAUAUUUCGAUUGGCGAUGCCACCCAAUUCCUCGAUCCACCUGCUGCUGUUGUCCUCCUGCUGCAACAUCGGUCCAUGUUAUGCCAGGGUUCCGAGCGGGUGUGGAUAACGGUUGUGUUGAUGACGACCAGGUCAGCAACCCUGUAA